AUGGGGAAUCAAGAAGGAAUUUGUUGUCUUUCUAGAGAGAAAGAGAAUCAUGUUAUGAAUAAUGAAUUAGUUAUUUUUAGAGAAUAUAUGAAUGUGAAGAUAACGGUUAAAUUGGGUGACAUCUAGAAAGAAUCUGGAGAAAGUGUUAGUACGUUUCUAGUUUAUUCAUAAAGUUUGUUUAUAUACAAAUCCUGACAAAAUUCCGUUAUAGCACAAUAUUAUUCAAUAGAUUUACGAUAAUAUUAGUGGAAGUAUUAAUUAUUCUAAUCCUUUAGUUGGGUAUGAAUAGGUCUAUAUUCAAAAUUUAGAAUUGAGUAUUUUCAAGUGUAUAACAUAUUAUCGAGUUAAAGUUUUUGAAGUAUUAUAUAUAAUUAUAUUGAGUCAGAAAAAGAUUUAUUCCAAUAUUAUAACGGAUUUAGAGAGUGGUAAAUAAAGUUUAAGAAUUUUAUUAGUUUAUCAUAGUUGAACGAUGAAGAAUUUAAUGAUAUACUCAUAUGUGAUUGUCCAAUCAAACUAAAUAGAGCCUUUAGUUCCGAAGUAUUGGUUAGAUCAGUGAUAGAGUAAUCAAUAUAAUAAUUAUGUAGUUUUAUUGAUGAAUCAAAAAACAGAUUGAAUAUCAAAAGUAUAACCUUAAUGAAUUAAGAUAAAAAGAGCGUAAUCUAUAAAUAUUAAUAAAGAGUCUCGUUUUUUGAAAUAUGAACUAAUUAAAUAAAUAGAAGAAUCUAAAGAGCCUAUAUUAAGAAAGGAGAGACAGAACAAAUUUAUGAAAUUUAUUACUUCUACAAAGAGUAUUACAUCUGAAAUGGGCAGAUAAAAUAAAUGUGAUUUCAGUUUGAAAGAUUUCGAUCUUGGUGAUGAAUCUAAAUUGAUACUUGCUCUAAAAUAAGAUUAAAUAGAAGAAUAAUGA